UACCACUCCCCUGGCAACACAAGCGGAAGCGGCAAGCCUGCAAACACCUGCAAUAGCACUGCCGUGCUCUGAGCUGCUCCUCUAAUUAAGCAAAGCUAGCACCAAGCUCGGUCGACCGGCCACCGCAGCAAUGGCCUCCGCCAACAGCUGGACCCUCGAGAUCGCGUCGCCGGUGACCGCACCGCGCCUGUUCCGCGCCGCCGUGAUGGACUGGCACACCCUGGCCCCCAAGCUCGCCUCCCAAGUCGUCGCCAGCGCUCAUCCCGUCGAGGGCGAGGGCGGCGUCGGCAGCGUCAGGCAGUUCAACUUCACCUCAGCCAUGCCGUUCGGCUUCAUGAAGGAGAGGCUCGAGUUCCUGGACGCGGACAAGUGCGAGUGCAAAUCGACGCUCAUCGAGGGCGGCGGCAUCGGAGUGGCAAUCGAGACGGCGACAUCGCACAUCAAGGUGGAGCCCGCGGCCGAUGGCGGGAGCGUGGUGAAGGUGGACUCGACGUACAAGCUCCUGCCGGGCGUGGAGGUGAAGGAUGAGAUCGCCAAGGCCAAGGAGUCCGUCACCGCCAUCUUCAAGGCCGCCGAGGCCUACCUGAUCGCCAACCCGGAAUCCUACAACUAAAUAGCUUGAGUGGGAUCAAACAUGUCAUAGAUGUCCCUACGUACACAAAAAGCUUGCAUAUUUGUGUGUGUGUGUUACAAUAAAAGCUGCUUGAAGCAGUGUCCGGUGCGGGGACGAGUGAGCACCGAGGAGAGUGUGGACUUGAGGAGUCAUUAGUAUGUCUUUCUGUUGUCAAAUAAUGAUUUGGUUUAAUGAUGUUA